AUGAAGAUGAAAGGUCAUGAUAUCAAGAGAGUUGGUACAUGGAAUGUCAGAACACUUCUGCAGACAGGGAAAUUAGAGAAUUUAAAAGUUGAGAUGAAGAGACUUAAAAUAGAUAUUCUGGGCGUCUCGGAAAUGAGAUGGCUUAAAUCGGACAAAGGAGAAGAAAAUCUUAUUAUCCUAGGAGACUUUAAUGCCACCGUGGGGGAAGGGAAAGAAAAGAAUAUUGUCGGCAAGUUUGGACUUGGAAUUAGAAAUCCAAGAGGAGAAAUCUUAUUAGAGUUCUGUAUACGAAAUAAUCUAAUAAUAACGAACACACACUUCCAACAUCACAAAAGAAGACGAUAUACGUGGCAAGCUCCUGGCGAUAUAAGAAGAGCACAAAUAGAUUAUAUACUGGUAAAAGGAAGAUACAAAAAUCAUGUUAAAGAUUGUAAAAGUUAUCCAGGUGCCGAUAUUUAUAGCGAUCAUAACCUGGUCCUAAUGCACUGUGAACUUAAGUUUAAGAGAUUACAAAAGAAAAUAGGUAUGAAACGCUUUCAAUUGACAAACCUGAAAGUGGAAGAAAUCAAAAAUUCAUACAAAGAAAGGACAGAUAGAGCGAUAAUGGAGACCUAUGAUGCACAAUGGAAAUCAAAAGAAACUAAAAGGAAGGAAUGGAUGAACGAAGAAAUCCUGGAAAUGAUUAAUGAAAGGAGGAAAUAUAAAAAUGCUACAGACCAAAGAGGAAAGGAAAAAUACGGGAAAUUAAAAAAUGCAAUAAAUAGAGAAUGCAAGAAAAGCAAGGAAGUAUUUUUGAAUAACAUUUGUCAGGAUAUUGAUGAAGCGUUAAAAGUGGGAUUAAUGGAUAAGGCGUAUGGGAUUGUUAGAACAUUUUUUAAGGAAAGAAAAGUUAAAAUUACAAGUAUUAAAGAAGCAAAUGGCAAUAUCAUAUAUGAAGAAGCAGAAGUAGCAAAAUGUUGGAAAAAAUACCUAGAGCAACUGUAUCGCGAAGAAAAUAUGACAAUAGACGCAGAGAUAAAUGAAGAACAUCAAAAUAAUACGGAAGAAAUAGAUCAAAGUAUAAUGAGAGAAGAAUUUGAUAAGGCAUUAGUGGAGCUGAAGAACAAGAAAGCACCCGGAGUUGAUGAAAUUCCUGCGGAACUUAUACAAAAUUGCGGAAAAAACACCAAAAAGAUCAUUUAUGAAAUAAUCAAAGAAUGCUACGAAACUGGACAGGUGCCAACACAUGCGUCAAAAAUCCAUACCAGAAUUGUGUUAAAAAGAAUGGAACGAAUAAUAGAUGAAUUGCUAACUGAGGACCAAUUUGGCUUUAAGAGAGGAAAAGGCACUAGGGAAGCUAUUCUAGCACUAAGACAAGUUAUUGAGAAACAGAAUAGAAAAAGAAAAACAACUUAUACAGCUUUCGUCGAUCUAGAAAAAGCUUUUGAUAAUGUGGAUUGGAGAAACAUACCAAGAGGCUGCCGAACGCGAUACAUACCAGUGCUAACACCAGAGUUAACGGAAACUUUGAACAAAUACACGGGAAUGUUUGAAGAAAACCCAUUUGACGAAGAAACUAUUGAAGAGGGAGAUAAAUUAUUGAAACUACUUACAGACGAAAAAAGGAAGAAAUGGUGUGAUCUUUUAGCAGAUCUAGAUAUGAAACGAAGCAGCAAGAAAGCCUGGGACCUUACCAAGCGAUUGAAUAAUGACCCCCACUAUACCUAUAGUAACACCUAA